CGUAUUCAUUCCGGUUCAUUCCACGAAACCUGACAUUUCCUUUUUGUACACAGUAGCUAGCAACCGUGCACAGACUGUGCGAUACGUCUCUCAUUGAAUUACUGAUAUUCUUAUCAUAUCAUUGUAGUGGUAGCUGCUAUUUAAAGAUGAAUACGGUUCUUUCGCGAGCUAACUCUUUGUUUGCCUUCUCCCUGAGCGUCAUGGCGGCCUUAACUUUUGGCUGUUUCGUCACGACAGCGUUCAAAGACAGAAGGGUUCCUGUGGACAUCCACGUCUCUAAAGUCAUGCUGAAGAACGUUGAUGAUUUCACAGGACCCAGAGAGCGCAGUGAUCUGGGCUUCCUCACCUUUGACCUCUCAUCUGAUUUGCAGCCAAUCUUUGACUGGAACGUUAAACAGCUGUUUCUCUAUCUGUCUGCUGAGUACGCCACAAAGAGCAAUUCUCUGAACCAGGUGGUGCUGUGGGAUAAGAUCGUCCUUCGCGGUGAAAACACCAAACUGAACCUCAGAGAAAUGAAGUCCAAAUACUUUUUCUUUGAUGAUGGAAACGGACUCAGGGCUAAUAAGAACAUCACUCUGACGCUGUCAUGGAACGUUGUUCCCAACGCUGGGAUCCUGCCUCUGGUGGCUGGAAGUGGACAAGUCAGCCUCCCUUUCCCAGAGGCGUACGAGACCACCAAGAGCUAUUAGACGGACAGAAACACAAACUGCACACACACUGGUGUUUCUUCAUAGAUGUAAAUGAACUUGUUUGUAAUAAAAGUUAAGAUUGGAA